UUGUCUUCAUAAAUUUUGCUUUUUAAAAAACUCUUUGUUACAUUUGUCUUAUGUGAGCAUUAAUAGCUGAGCACUCGAGGAACUUUGGAUACCUACUGUAGGCCCCCUACACCUAAUAUUUAAGAAAUCACUAUUUUCUUUAACUUUUAUUUUAAAAAAUAUAUUAUUGUGUAGAGUUUUAUUACAGUGGUGUUGGGAAAUUAUUGGGUGUUUUUUAACAAUAAGAAGAAAAAAUAUUAAUGAGACUGUAUUUUUCUCCCAUCCUGUUCUUUAUUCUUUGCCAUAAUCAAAAUAAAUAUAGGAUUUGGCAAAUUGAGGGAGAUUAGGAUGAGUUUCUCAACAUUUUGUAACUAGUUUUAUAAUAAUGUAAUUAUGUAAUAAUUUUAAUUCUCAACAAUAAUUACAGUGGCACACAUUAUAAAGCAUUAAUUUAAAUCAAAUUAUACUUACCUCAUUCCAGAUAACAAACAAAGCUUCUCAAAUUGUUGAUUAUUACAGCUUCUACUAUUAUCACAUUAACUUGCAAACUAGUUCAUGAACUACCUCUAAAGUUAUGUACUUCAUACCUUAGAGAUUCUUCUUGAUGUUACUGCUUAUGAAAGUUAUGCAUAUUUAAGAGCCUAACUAGCAUUAUUAGGUGUCAGGAACUUCCUUAGUGCUAGGUUCAUCAUAAAGUUCUAUGAGGGGUCUUCAAAAGUUCAUGGAAAAUGCAUAUUGUGAAAAAACUAUGCAUAACUUAAAUUUUUUACCAUAAUAAACUUACCUUUUAAAAAUUAUUUGGGAGGCAGAGAGAGAGAGCACACACAAGCAUGCCCUCCCAUCUGCCUGUGCACUCACCAAGUGCUUGGGGGACAGAAGUCAAAGCUAGGAGCCAUGAACGCAAUCCAGGUCUCGACAUGGAUAUCAAGAACCCAGCUACUGAGUCAUCACUGCUUCCCAGAGUCUUUAUUAGCAGGAAGCUGGAAUCAGGAUCUCGCCAGCAAGUCAAAUGCAGGCACUGAUGUGGAGCCUGGGUGUCCUAACAAGCAUCUUAACUGCUAAGCCAGACACCUGCCCCUAAACUUCUCUUUUAAUUCCAUGAAGCUUUUGAAGUACCCUCAUACAGUGUUUGUAGGAAUCACGGAUAGACCUUAGCAAACUAGAGGAAUUAAGGUUUAAUAGUAAAAAUGGAGAGUAAGAGAAAGGAGUAGAACUCAGAGAAAGUGGUGAACUUAAAGAAUCGUAGAAUAUCACCUGUCACUACAAAGAACAUUUCCUAACCUGUUGAAUGGGAACCUAUUCCUAGUCUUUCUUCAUAAUUAGUUCCACAGCAAACCAUUUGUUAAAUUAUUUUUAAUGCAACUCAUGAUGAGUAGAGUACAAAUUGUGAAAAGAUCAGAUCUUUCCAGGUUGUCAUUUUAAAUGCCUAUCAUGUUAGUGAUAGUGAAAUAUAAAUUAAUAUUCAACAUGAAAUUUUUUCUAUAUAUCAUUUCCUUUUGUAUUGAAAGAUGACUCUUCUGAAUUAGAAAAGUCACUCUCUGACUUUCUAUACUUUCUUCAGUUAAAUCAUUAUUAACAGAACUCAUAAACAUCAUAGUUCAUAAUUCAUAGGUUCAUGUUUAAAUUUUGAAGCCAGUUAAAUUUAUGCUGAUCUGAAAUUUUUGCUCAGAAUCAAUUACUCUUAUUUGGGUUUUUGCCAUUGCAACUGAUUUUCCUUUUUCCACAGCUACUCUAAAUAAUAUUGAAUAAUAUUUCACUGAAUCCUUAACACUUUUCUUCCACCUUCCCUGCUUAUAGUUUAUGGUUUCUACAGUUUGGGGGUUCCUUUGAAAUCCGUUCUCUGCAUCUGUUCUUACGGGGAUUUGAUUUGCCACAUUCCAGGACCUCAGUGCAGGUGGUUCUCCUGGUUGUAUGAUGCUCGUCGAGGCAGGUAAGUUGACAGCUAGGGCCAGAUGUAAGGAGAAAAUCAGGUCUUAGAUUCGUGUAAGACCACUGCCCUAACAACUUCUGAUAGGUCCUUGAGCUAGUGGAAAGAAGCUAAGGAAUGUGGAAUUGAAUUUCCAAGAUCAGUAUCUAUUACAAGAAGGAAUAAGAGGGUGCACUGAGUUGAUUAUUUUCUAUUUUUUGUUCCUGAAAGUAGUAUGCAUGUUUAGUCAUUAACAAAAAUGUUAGUCUUGCUUACUUUAAUGUUCCAGAAACAUUUAUUCUUCUUUUGAAAUAAACAAACAGGUGGAAUCUGUCUGAGGAUGCUUAAGAGAAUACCUUGUUUUCUUUUCAGGAAAGUGAAUUUUACAAAUUAAUUCUGUAUGUUCUCCCUAGAGUUUGAUUGAAUUCUGUACUAAUAAAUUACUGUUUCUCCUGUCCUUUGUUGGGUUAUUAUAAUUGUACAAUAGCUUAGGUUGGGCAAUGUUGAGUUCUGUUUGUGCAGUGUUUGAUAUGUUUCAAAAGGACAUUGGGCUUGGGGGAACUCUUCUUGAGUCUAGAUUCUAUACAGGGACUUCAGGGGCUCCUGUACCUCUGGGCUAAGUGCAUAUCCUUUCUAACCAAAUAUUGACUUCUGGACUAAUCCCAAGGCUUUUUGUCUGAAGCUGUAAAGUGAGAGCAGAAAUGCUGCUUUGAGUGAGAGAAGUCCAGGAAGCAGUAGGUUUCGUCUUUCCUGAGCCUGCCCUGGCCUUGGUGAGUUUGAAAGUGUUGACAGUCUUUAGCCCCUUUGGCAGAGAAUGAGGAUCAGAAAGAGAGAAGUCCUCAGGCAGGGGGCCAGGUCCUUACUUGCCUCAUUAGGGAGACUUUAGCCUUGUCUGUCUGGUUGGCAGGGCACACUUAAUCACUGAGACCCAGCAUUUCAGCAGCUUGCAGAGGAAACUGAUAUGAAGGGACAGCUGCAAGUGAGCCACAACCUAGAUUUGAGGAGACCAAACACUCACUUCACUUGGAGGAAAGAGAAAGAAGGAAGCCGAGGGCUUAGCAGGUCAUGGGAGAAGACAAAAAGGAAAAGAGGGUAUCACAAGAGUCCCAGGUAGCUAGUACUCCCCAGGUAUCACUAGACAGACCAUGGCUCCCCGGUCCCGGAGACGAAGGCAUAAGAAACCUCCCUCAUCAGUGGUUUCCACGAUUGUCACCCCACCUGCAGAUGUGACCUCUGUACCUCUGACUCUCUCAAAACCCGGCCCUAGUAUAGAUGCACUUGGCUUCUUCUCUUUGGAGAAUAAUGUUCCUGGCCUGUCGCAGCUGAUCCUUCAAAAGCUGAACAUGAAAAGCUAUGAAGAAUACAAGUUGGUGGUAGAUGGGGGUACCCCAGUAUCGGGCUUUGGAUUUCGAUGUCCUCAAGAAAUGUUCCAGAAGAUGGAGGACACCUUUCGAUUCUGUGCUCACUGUAGAGUACUCCCCAGUGGCCUUCCAGACACCAAGGUCCUCCGGCACUGUAAGAGAAUGUCAUACCCAGGCUAUCCGCCCAGUGGCUACCCACCUUUCCCUGGAUAUCCUCCUGCAGGUCAGGAGUCAUCCUUCCCCCCUCCGGGUCAGUAUCCUUAUCCUAGUGGCUUUCCUCCGAAGGGGGGAGGUGCCUACCCACCAGCACCAAGUGGUGGCUAUCCUGGAUCCGGAGGCUACCCUGCGCCUGGAGGCUACCCCACUCCUGGAGGCUAUCCUGGUGCCCCACAGCCCGGUGGAGCCCCAUCCUACCCUGGAGUUCCUCCAGGCCAGGGAUUUGGAGCCCCACCAGGUGGAGCAGGCUAUCCUGGAUAUCCACAGCCACCUUCACAGUCUUACGGUGGUGGCCCAGCACAGGUCCCACUACCUGGUGGUUUUCCUGGAGGACAGCCCUCUCAGUAUCCUGGAGGACAAGCUCCUUACCCUAGUCAGAUCAGUACAGAAUCCUUUUCUUCUUAUCCUGUUUUCUCUCCUGUUUCUUUGGAUUAUAGCAGUGACCCUGCUGCAGUGACUCAAGGCACUCAGGGAACAAUUCAUCCAGCUGCCAACUUUGAUGCUAUGAAAGAUGCAGAAAUUCUCCGUAAAGCAAUGAAGGGAUUUGGGACAGACGAACAGGCAAUUGUGGAUGUUGUAGCCAACCGUUCCAAUGAUCAGAGGCAAAAAAUUAAAGCAGCUUUUAAAACCAUGUAUGGAAAGGAUUUAAUCAAAGAUCUCAAAUCAGAGUUAAGUGGAAAUAUGGAAGAACUGAUCCUUGCCUUGUUCAUGCCGCCUACGUAUUAUGAUGCUUGGAGUUUACGGAAUGCAAUGCAGGGAGCAGGCACUCAGGAACGUGUAUUGAUUGAGAUUUUGUGUACAAGGACAAAUCAGGAAAUCCGAGAAAUUGUCAGAUGUUAUCAAUCAGAAUUUGGACGAGACCUUGAAAAAGACAUUAGGUCCGAUACAUCAGGGCAUUUUGAGCGUUUGCUUGUAUCCAUGUGCCAGGGCAAUCGGGAUGAGAACCAGACUGUCAACCACCAGAUGGCUCAGGAAGAUGCACAGCGUCUCUAUCAAGCUGGUGAAGGGAAACUAGGGACAGACGAAUCCUGCUUCAACAUGAUCCUUGCCACGAGAAGCUUUCCUCAGCUGAGAGCCACCAUGGAGGCUUACUCCAGGAUGGCUAAUCGAGAUUUGUUAGCAAGUGUGAGCCGUGAAUUUUCCGGAUAUAUUGAAAGUGGUUUGAAGACCAUCUUGCAGUGUGCCCUCAACCGCCCCGCCUUCUUUGCCGAGAGGCUCUACUACUCCAUGAAAGGGGCCGGCACGGAUGACUCCACCCUGGUCAGGAUCGUGGUCACUCGAAGUGAGGUUGAUCUUGUACAAAUAAAACAGAUGUUCACUCAGAUGUAUCAGAAGACCCUGGGCACAAUGAUUGCAAGUGACACGAGUGGAGAUUACCGAAAGCUGCUGUUGGGCAUUGUGGGCCAGUAGAAGAGAUAUUUGAAAACAAAGAAAACUUUUCAUAGCUUUAUCCUCCAAGUCAACAAAAGACCUGCAUGCAGCAAUAUCAACUGUCACCUAACCAAAAGAGGUGUUUACCAAGGACUGUGUCAGGGUGAUGUGCUUGAUUUGCACAUGUAUUGCCUUAAUUCUAAUGUUACUUUUUUUCUCUAUGUACAAUCAGUGUAAAGCCAUAACAAUGAUGUAGAAAUUUUGUAAUGUUUCUAAGUCCUUACUCACUGCUUUACUCUAAUUAAGAAUAAAAGCAAUCUAAUUCUGUGUAAUAAUAAUUGAAUAAUUUUCAAAGAGGAUGCUCAUCACCUUUACCUAGUUAAUACAUGAGAAAAGAGUAUUGUUAAAGAGCAACACUGGUCUGGACUCACCCUGGCUGGAUUUCAAAAUGUGAUUCCCAGUUCAGGAAUGGGUCAGUAAUGAAUCACCCACAGCAGCUUCCAGCCAGUAGUGACUGGUUAUCCCUUUAUCAUGUUUUAACAUCUGGACCUUUUCAGCAUAAAUUUUGAAAAAAGGGACUUAACUUCAGCUAGGUUUGUAUUGUAUUUCUAUUUAAAAGUUAAAAUUAAAAGCAAAGUGAUGUUUACCCAAGUAAGAACAGUUCACUUAAAAUCUCAGCAGACCAUUAACUAUUUGGAGAUGGUGGAAAUUUGCUGGUGCUCUUGUGACUCAGUUUCAACCCCAAAGCUGACUUUAUUAUAAAUGAUUUCCUUGCUGUGUGGUGAUAGUCCCCCAGUGAACACUAUUCAGUACUGACAUUGGCGAGUUAUCCAAGCAGUAGCAUUCUAAACUAAUGGGAUUCUAGUGUAAAAUGUUAAAUAUAUUAUUUUGGUUACCAAAGUGUUCCUGACGCUUUCAGGAGUUCCAGUAUCACCAACCCUAACCUUUAAAAUCUGGCUGGGCAUCUAAUUAUUUCCAUAUCCCUUACAUACUCCACGGGACAUGGAAGAAGCAAGGAGCACUGUGUAUGUUUAACGUCAAAGGGGAAAAAAAAUUACUUAAAAUUUGUUUUAUGUAUUCUAAUUUUAUUUGAAAUGCAUAUAGACAGAAAAAGGUCUUCUGUCCACUGGGUCACUCUCCAAUAUCCCCAGCUGCCAGGAUUGGGCCAGGCCAAAACCAGGAUCCUGGGACUAAGUCUGAAUCUCAUGUGGGUGUCAAAUCCAACUAUUUGAGCUGCCUCCCAGAAUGCACAUUAGCAAGAAGCUGCAUUUGGAUACAGAGACUUGAACCAGGCACUCCACUAUGGGAUGCAGGCAUCCCAAGUGGUGUCUUUAAUUGUUGUGCCACGUGCCCACCCCCAAAAAUAUCUUUUUUUUUUUUUUGACAGGCAGAGUGGACAGAGAGAAAGGUCUUCCUUUGCCGUUGGUUCACCCUCCAAUGGCCACUGCGGCCGGUGCGCUGAGGCCGGCGCACCACGCUGAUCCGAUGGCAGGAGCCAGGUGCUUCUCCUGGUCUCCCAUGGGGUGCAGGGCCCAAGCACUUGGGCCAUCCUCCACUGCACUCCCAGGCCACAGCAGAGAACUGGCCUGGAAGAGGGGCAACCGGGACAGAAUCCGGCGCCCCGACCGGGACUGGAACCCGGUGUGCCGGCGCCGCAGGCAGAGGAUUAGCCUAUUGAGCCACGGCGCCGGCCCAAAAAAAUCACUUUUAAACUUUAUGUAAACAACUGUCUUUUGCCUCCUUUUCAAAGCUCUGUUUCUUAGCACUUUAUGAAAUAGUCAAUCUAUAAUUAUGGAGGGACUGAAUAUGUUUGUUGCCUUGUUAUAUAAUAAAGACUUUUAAUGCUGCUGCCUUAUGGA